AUGAAACCAGCUGCUCGAUAUCCAGUCAAUCAAUGGGACAGUGUUCGGAAGGAUGCGUUGCGCGGGCGGUUUUCGGAACGCGAGAAACCGUGGGAUUCUCGACAACGGCUAGCUGCAGCUGGAACCCGGUCGUUGUGCCGUCGUAAAUUGGAGACAGGAAUUGUCCCGAGGCAGUGGAGGGAACGCGUACAAUCCUUGAUCGAUUUUGCAGCAGAUAUACGCGGAACGGUCCUGAGAUACCUGCGCGAUGACAAAAAAGAAACUGUCGCAAAGCCUCCCAAGCGGAUUGUUUGCGGUACAGAGCAGGGUUUGUCAGGGACCUGUUCCCUCGGGUUUUGGAUGCAAGGCCAGGGACGGACUUCCGUUUUUGCCAAAUGCAAAUUUCAAGCUUGUACCACUUCUUACAACAAUGUACAAGAGAGCAAAGAAGCAGAAGAGCUUGAUAAAGCAGCCAAAGAUGACGGAAGGGUUAUGUUGAGGGAGGAGACAGUCGUGCAAAAAGGAGAUGACCAACCUCUGGGAGCAGUCGACAAUAUCAAUCACAGAAUGCCAGGAUUCUGUCUAGAAGGAAUGUGGUGUGAUAUUAUCCUUGUCCUAAGGCAUGCAAAGCCUGCAAAGAACAGACAAUUGAAACUCGGAAAAAGGACAGGGCACAAUGGAACGAAGGGAAAAGGACAAAUAAUAGGAAAUACUUCCUGGUCAGACUCUGGGAAAAGAAAAGGCCCAGUUGACGCCUCACACGGAGUACAUAUAUCACGCAGGGAGAGAGGCUGAAUUUCAAAGGAAGCUGCCUGUGCUAUUGGUCUUCUUUUUUUUUUUUUCCUCUUCCAACUAAAGUUACAGGGCAUCAUCGUGGUUAUGGGGAACCGGGGCCCUACUCCCAGGCCGAGCAGGAGUCGAGUUUCUAGGGCCACUUCUCGAACAGUUUUCGAAGGUUACGGGCCCACGGCCUGACGACCACACAAACAUUGCCUCAAGCCACGAUAACGCCUCGCGUCGUUGCUGGUUUCAAGCGCCGGGUCUCAAUACCAUACCUGGCCGGCGAGCGGACGAGCGGGCGGCCCUUGGGCGAUGGCUCGAAUUAUUUCGCUGCUUGUUCAAAAGCAGUCAACAAUCCAUACCCACACUCCACCCCCUUUUUCCCCCUUCCACGAAAGGGAGAGGUGCAGACGCAUGGACGGCUGUCUCUUGGAUGACCUGCAGGGUCCGUGACAGAUGAUACAAUGCAGCAAGGUGAAACGAGCUCAGUCCUUUGAGGCAAAUCGAAAUCAAAAACCGUGACCAACUUUGUUACCGGUGCGACCGAGCGCAUUGAUUCCCGCUCUCAACUCUAACUCGGCAAUCAAUGCUAUUCAAAAGGGCCGGUGAUCCAGCCAACCGCAGAGCAUUUUGACCGAAGCAAAAUCAAUUUAUUCAAAAAAGCAAAGGCACCUUGGGGAGGCGAUUGUUCUAUUGCUUCCUUUCGACUAAAACCGAUUCGGUGUUUCGACUGUUUGAGAUUCCCACCGGCGGCUUGCAUUCCUUGCUACAUAAUCACACACCACUGGUGCCAGGGCGCAAUGACAUCUUUUUGGCCUUAUUUGUGGCUCUGAGAGCUUGGGUGCAAAAUCAAUGGCCAAUCGUAUUUUCCAACCCGAUCGACGAAUUGUUAGCGCUCUUGGCACUUGGUCUGUCAUAGGUGCGAGAAGCGAUCCUUGCAAGUUUGAAAAGCAAAGGAAAUAAUUUGCUGAUCUCGACCUCUCAUAAAGCACCGUCCCUCUCCUUUUACUCCGCACGUUUGUCCGCCUGCUGCUGCUCCCCGUCCAAGCAAGCUCUUGACAGAGAGCGGUGGCCCAACUGCGAAGAAUUAAUAAGCAUCCACUUUUCUUUU